AUGAGCAAGAUCCAGGUGGUGGAGGGAUACAGGGUUGGAGGGAGGCAUGAGUUGGUGGGGUCUGAAGUUGCUGCUGCGCAGGGAUACGUAAAGGAGUUUACGCGCCACUCCAACGACGUCCUGCUGAAUCUGAACGAGCUGAGGCACCAGAACAUUCUAACCGAUGCCACCCUGGUGGUGGGCACUGCCCGACUGCAGGCACACUGUGCUGUGCUCAUUGCCUGCAGGUCAGCUCAGAGGAUAAUAUUCAUUGUCAUUUUCCUGGUAUUUUUUAAUUGUUCUUUUGUUAUUGUUCUUCUUGUUUUUUUAUUCACUCACUCCUCUCUCUCUCUCUUUCUCUCUGUCUCUCUUAGUGGGUUCUUUUACUCCCUGUACUCCCGUCGUGUGUCAUCCCCUGGAUGGAGUGGUACUGGAGACCAGGCCCUGACCCUGUCCCUCCCUGACUCCCUGGACCCCUCCAGUGUCUCCCUGCUCCUGGACUUUAUGUACACCUCCCGGCUGCCCCUCACGCCACACACCGUCCCCGGGGUGCUCUCCGUCGCCACCUACUUGCAGAUGGACCACGUGGCCGACACCUGCAGGGCUUUCUUGUUACACAGGUGAAACCCUUUCUAUAUAAGUCAAUGGGUGAGCAUUGGAAGGCUGGAGGGGUGGGAGGGAUAAUGGUAGCUAACAGGAUUAGCUGAAGUACCCACCAGAAAGUUAAUUUACUGAAAGAACGGUGACAGAGAGACUUUAAAUUAGGGAAACUUAGAUAAGCAGUUAGUUGCAUGCUUUUUAAUCUCUAAAUUGUGCUUUAAAUUGUGUGAGGCAUUAAAUGUACAGUACAACUGCAUAUUGUAAGGUUUAAAUAGGCUUCUAAGUCUCUCCUAUAGACGCCAUGGCUGAUAUGAGACGAUAUGAAUGACAGGCGUUACCUGACAGUUCCUUUUGUUUACAGUGAGAGGAUGAGAGGGACACCCCCUCAAAUGAAGCUGGACUCCACGGUGUCUGUAGUGUCUGCAGCACCCUCAGGGGGAGUUCCUCUCAAUCCCCCUGUCAAUGGAAGACCCCGCCCAUCUGUCCUCGUUGUCUCCACCCCCUCCCAGUCCGCAGCGGAGGCUGAGGGUCGUAUGUGCCGUGACUUGGCCAGGUGAGAGAGAAGGAGUGUGUGUGUGUGUGUGUGUGUGUGUGUGUGUGUGUGUGUGUGUGUGUGUGUGUGUGUGUGUGUGUGUGUGUGUGUGUGGUAAGUCCUAAAUCCUAUCUGUCGGUGUGUGUGUGUUUGUGUUUGUCGCUGUAAAGUGUGGGCCAAUGUGCCAUUGUCUGAGUUCAGCUGGAUCAUUACAUGAGUUCCUUUGUUUGUCCAGCAGGGUCCCUGGAGACUUCCGGGCCUCUCUGCAGCCAGGGACUUUCCUGACCCGCGAGCCCAGGUCAAAGGAACUAAAGCUGGAGCUUGAAUCCCCCCUCCUGGCCUCCCCCACCUCCACCCCUUCUCCAGACAGCCCGUCUCGCUCCAGCUGUCAGCCCAACUCUCCUGCUGAGUCCAACACCUGUAAUCUGGGUGAACCCAAGCGCAACCCUGACCCCAAAGCCUGCAACUGGAAGAAAUACAAGUACAUCGUCCUCAACCCUCUCUGUGCCAUAACCACGGUGAAGGAGGAGGAGCCUGAGGAGGGCCAGCAGCAGCUUGACCACAUCCCCACCUCUGAUAGGAUGGAAGUGACAUUGAAGCCACCUAUGGAGGCGUGGCCAAGGGAAGGAUCCGGCCAAAAUGAAAGGUGUGAUGUCAAUAUUAUGCAUAUUAUGAAAUACUGGUAUUUUAAAACCUUUAUCUAAACCUCUAAGUCUUAUUGACAAUAAAUGUUCUAAGGGAGACCGUAUUGGACCUUGUAUGUCCAAGGAGAUAGUUUAAGUUGGCACUGAUGUUGACAACAUGACUAUAUUAUUUCUUCCAGGCAGGGGCAGGCCUCCUGCUAUGAUGUCCCUGGCUGUAGCCCUCCCCUGGUGCCCCACCCAGGGCUGCCAGCCCACCCUGUGGACCAUCCCAUGGAGGCCCCCACCCACAAGGAAGGAACAGGUACUACAAUCUUACUACCUCACUCAGCAGCUGCAGAGAUAACACAUAGAAAACAUUUUUUCUCCAGCUAAGGAGUGACAGAUCAUACCCGUAUUUACACUACCGUAAAAAAGUUUGGGGUCACUUAGAAAUGUACUUGUUUUCGAAAGAAAAGCAAAUUUUUGGUCCAUUAAAAUAACAUCAAAUUGAUCAGAAAGUUUCAGAAGAAAGUUAUUUGUUUCUGCCCAUUUUGAGCCUGUAAUCGAACCCACAAUUGCUGAUGCUCCAGAUACUCAACUAGUCUCAAGAAGGCCAGUUGUAUUGGUUCUUUAAUCAGCACAUCAGUUUUCAGCUGUGCUAACAUAAUUGCAAAAGGGUUUUCUAAUGAUCAAUUAGCCUUUUAAAAUGAUAAACUUGGAUUAGCAAACACAACGUGCCAUUGGAACACAGGACUGAUGGUUGCUGAUAAUGGGCCUCUGUACGCCUAUGUAGAUAUUCCAUUACAAAUCAGCCAUUUCCAGCUACAAUGGCCAUUUACAACAUUAACAAUGUCUGCACUGUAUUUCUGAUCAAUUUGAUGUUAUUUUAAUGGACAAGAAAAUUGUUUUUCUUUCAAAAACAAGGACAUUUCUAAGUGAGCCCAAACUUUUGAAUGGUAGUGUAUAUACGUUUAUAUAUAUAUAUAUAUAUAUAUAUAUAUAUAUAUAUAUAUAUAUAUAUAUAUAUAUGUAUAUGUAUAUGUAUAUGUAUAUAUAUGUUUAUAAUAUACAUACAGUCAGAUGUUAAUAUAUGAGAUAUGUAUUGAUGUAUAAUAUUUCUCUUCCUCUCAGUCUCGCCUUGCUAUCUGGCACCCCGCCCAUUGGAGCCAGAGGCCGCCCGUCACUGCCAAAACCCAAUUAAGCGUGAGAAUUACGGCUUGCCAUUCUGUUACUCUGGCAACCUGAGUGUGAUAAAGACUGCCUGCACAGGUGAGGCAGUUAGCCCAUCACAUCUGAUGAUGUCAUUUAACAAACACACCUCCAAUACAUGAUGUUUCGGUGCCAUUUAUCAUCAUAGUAACAAACGGAUGGUUUGCAGCAGUUUGGACAGUUAGGUAUUAUGAUAAUGGCCCGUUAUUACAGAUGAUUAUCGCCACAGGUGUUUGGUGUGUGUGUGUUUCAUUUGGUGACCUUCCCUUGCCCUUCUUUGCUGCAGGAGACAAGCCGUACCGAUGCAACGUGUGUGGUGCCCAGUUCAACCGGCCCGCCAACCUGAAGACGCACUCCCGCAUCCACUCUGGAGAGAAGCCCUACCACUGUGAUACCUGCGGGGCCCGAUUCGUUCAGGUGAGGACCCACCACUGAUUAGGGACAGGGGUUGAACAGAGGAUGUGUAUGUGGCGGGAAAGGAGUGUGUGUGCAGGACCAAAGCGUAAGGUCAAACUAAAGUUGUUGGUUUAUGUUAUAGCUAUGUUAUGUUAUACGCUAUUUAUCAAUGUUCAUUUGGUUGACUUGUGUGUCUGUGGUCUUACAGGUGGCCCACCUGCGAGCCCAUGUUCUGAUUCACACAGGGGAGAAGCCCUAUCCCUGUCACACCUGUGGCACUCGCUUCCGUCACCUGCAGACCCUGAAGAGCCACCUGCGUAUUCACACUGGAGAGAAGCCUUACACUGUGAGUAUACUACCCACACAGACACACACAAACACACACAGACACACAAUGCACGCCCACAUGCAGGUACGCAAGCAUGCACGUGCGCACACACACACCUCUUGUGUUUGACCUCUUGCUACAGUAUACAAGCCGUUAUUCAAUGAUGAAAUAGAUUGUUGGUCAGUUUAAAACCACAACAUUAUGAUUCCCUGACUUUUUCAAUUUCCUCUGUCUCUCUCUGUCUCUCUCUCUCUAUCUUUCUUUCUCUCUCUCUCUGUCUCUCUCUCUGUCUCUCUCUGUCUCUCUCUCUCUGUCUCUCUCUGUCUCUCUCUCUCUCUCUCUCUCUGUUUCUGUCUGUCUCGCUCUCUCUCCCUCUCUCUCUACCAGUGUGAGAAGUGUGACCUGCACUUCCGCCACAAGAGCCAGCUGCGUCUCCACCUGAGGCAGAAGCAUGGCGCCGUCACCAACACCAAGAUCCGCUACAAGGUCCUGACCGACCCCUACCAGCCCAUCCUGCAGGCCUGUUGAAGGUCCUCCCUUUGACCCCUGACCUUUAACCCCUAACCAUAACCCCACAGAUACCAGGAAUAACCACAACAUUUAUGUCAAUCAAAUCAUGUUGUUAUGGUCCAUGGCUGUGUCCCAAAUGGCACCCUGGGCCCGGUUGCAUAAAUCUCCUCAAGUUAAUUUUAUCCUUAUCUGUUCCCUUGAAGUUUCCUUAACUUUAAAUCAGUUGAACAAAACAUUUUAAGGUGAAUUUCUCCCUUAAAUUAAGUGAAAAAGUUAAGGGUGCCCAUGAAUGUAAACAUCAUUUGUGGAGGUGAAUGUUACUUUCAUGGUUACAAAAGGAAAACAUCAACCAGCUAGCUACUUAGCUAAACAAUGGAAGGUGCACAAUCCAUGGCUACAAAGCUAGCUGGCUAGUUAGCUAUAGCUAUUCUGUAAGCUAGCUUGACGUACUAGAAAGUAAUAUAAACAAGUUGAGAAAAAAGAAACGUGGUUUAUUAUCUUCUGAAGCAAUUUGGUUAUCCUGUCUUGAUUGUAGAAGUUCUAUUUUGCUAUCUCACAAAAUGAAAGUGAUCUCUGAUGAGAGGUUUAGUCAGUGAACCAGGCCGUGUCCAUGGUAACCAGAUACUCUUUCUGCCAUACAUGCCUUCAAACUACAGUAAAACCCAUUAAGUAGGCCCUUACCUAAGAAAAUAUUUGAGGGGCUCUAUGCAACACCCUUAAACAAUUCCCUUAGGUAAGAGGAAAUUAUUCCUUAAGGUAAACCCUUAAGGGAAACACUUAAAAUGUUUUAUGCAACCGGGCCGUGUACCUUAUAUAGUGCACAACUUUUGACUAGGGCUCAUGGAGCCUAUAGGGAAUAGGAUGCCAUUCAAAACUGCCUGGCCCCAUCAAGCCUACCUAAAUGAGAGCUCAGCUUCCCCCUCAAAAACAUGAGCUCAAGCAUGUUUCACUCACUGGCUAGAGGGGCCAUUAUAACACAUAUACAUGACUAGUUGUAAGCCAAUCAAACCAUGAUGUUCUAAUAUGGUUUGGGGAAAGGCAGCGGCGCCAGAGAUCUGAGCUGAUAUGUAGAUAGCAUGUCAAUGCCUCUCCUCUGAGUUAUUGAGCUGGAGGCUGUCUCGGGCCGCUUUAAGCGUUAG